AUGGGUCUCAGUACAAAACCGUGUGUGUUUAGUGGGGGCGUGAGCGAGGCGGCUGGCUCACCAUUCCGGUGGAACCAGUCGCUGCGGCCGCCAGCGUCCGGUAUAAAAGGACCCAGCUCGGCUCCAGACGGCACCACUAGCUUUCAGCUGCAGAUACAGUCGCCGCAGUCCCACAACCACCAACCACCAAACACCAUGAAGGCCGCUCUGGUUCUGCUGUUCGUCGCCGCUGCCUGCGCCCAGGCUGUGGACAACAAGGAGGCCGCUCCUGAGAAGAAGCAGGAGAAGAGAGGCCUGCUGGGACUGGGAUACGGCGCCGCCGUCGCCGCACCCGCUGCCGUGAGCUACGCUGCUCCUGCCAUCGCCGCCGCCCCUGCUAUCAGCUACGCCGCCCCCGCCGUGAGCUACGCCGCCCCCGCUAUCAGCUACGCCGCUCCCGCGAUCGCCGCCGCCCCCGCCGUCAGCUACGCCGCCCCGGCGAUCGCUGCUGCCCCCGCCAUCAGCUACGCCGCCCCCGCCGUGAGCUACGCCGCCCCUGCUCUGAGCUACGCUAGGUACGCCCCCGCUCUGAGCUACGCCGCUGCCCCCGCCAUCUCGUACGCCGCCCCCGCCAUCGCCAAAUACGCUCUCCACUAAGCGGCGACUGAAGACGACCACCACUUCACUGGCAGAAAGCUACUACGUCCACGUGCAACACCACGACCAGAGGAAACGCAUUACAUCAGUUUUUGCAGCAACUCCAUCAACACACUGUAGCGGCAGUGCAGCGAACAGUCUAACCAUUCAGAAUGAAUAAAUAAAUAACUUAAACAGA